CGCACAUCGGAUAAAUGCACAUCCUCAAACAGAAGGCGGUGUGAUGAAUAUAGGUAGUUUUGUAUACAGUAGCCCGAUCGAAGUAUACCCCUAAUGAUGUUGACACUAUUUGCUUGAGUUUAACUACAUGGACAGUGUAACAGAUCUGGACAUGCCAGCUUGGGUACGGUAUAGGCCAACAUAACUUGCUUGACAUUGCUCCAGCUUGUGGCUUCUGCCACCGAGAAAUAGCCAUGAAGGUUGCGACAUCGAAGUGGACGAUACUCAUCGCCAACAUACUCGUCCCCAUAUCGAUUCUCGUCUUUUCCUCUGGCUUUUUCCCUUAUAAGAAUUUGCUCCCGGGCUUUGCAACAAAUGAACACACCAAUAACAGUCAAAUUCCGCCGGGUGUAUUCGACAAAGUUGUCUUUAUGGUAGUCGAUGCAUUGCGGAGCGAUUUUGUUUAUUCCCAAAACUCUGGGUUUCUGUUCACUCAAAGCUUAAUUCGGUCAGGCGCUGCUCUCCCAUUCACUGCCUAUGCUAGCGCUCCGACUGUCACAAUGCCCCGGCUGAAAGCCAUAACAACAGGGUCCGUGCCGUCAUUUCUAGAUGUGAUACUUAACAUUGCAGAGGCUGAUACCUCGGCGACUCUCACGCACCAAGAUACAUGGUUAGCACAAUUGAAAGCAAAAGGUGGUAAAAUGGUCAUGUAUGGGGAUGACACUUGGCUGAAGUUAUUUCCUGGGAUGUUUCACAGGGCUGAUGGGACUACGAGCUUCUUUGUUUCGGACUUCACAGAGGUAGACAAUAAUGUGACUCGUCACAUCCCCAGUGAACUCUUGCAAGAUGACUGGUCAGCUUUGAUAAUGCACUUCCUUGGUCUUGACCACAUAGGACACAAAGCUGGACCUAAUAGCCCAUACAUGAUAGCAAAGCAACAUGAGAUGGAUUCUGUUGUUAACAUAGUGUACACAGCUCUGGAGCAAGAGAAACAUCUUGAGACCACCCUCUUUGUAUUAUGUGGUGACCAUGGGAUGAACGAUGCUGGGAAUCAUGGUGGUUCAUCUGUGGGCGAAACUUCACCGGCUCUGCUUUUCAUAUCGCCUAAAUUUCAGCGACUCGAAACUCGAAACGAUAGUCCAACGGAAGAAUUCAGUGACCUGCAAUAUUACCAUACUGUUGAACAGACAGAUAUCACACCGACACUGGCGGGGCUGCUAGGCUUGCCGAUUCCCUUGAAUAGCCUAGGUGUCUUUAUCCCAGAGCUUCUUGAGAUGUGGGAUUACGGACCGCACAGGAUUCAUAUGCUGCUCGAAAACGCCAAGCAGUUGCUAAAAGCCGUUAAAGGAUCGUUUCCGAGUUACAGUUUUGAAUUUAAUUUGAUGCCAGCUAAUUGUAGCUCUCAAUCAUUGACCGAUAUUGAGCGUGUUCAGUGCGCUUGGUUCCGAGUGCUUGAACUACUCAAUAGAUCGGGUGCUGAUUACGAUCGUGGAGCCUCUUCAGAGGUCGAGUCUGCUCUUCUACUGUUUUUGAGGAGUGCCCAGAGACUUAUGAGCAGAGCUGCGAGUGAUUAUAACCUUUUAAGGCUCUAUAUCGGGCUUUCCAUUGCCGGCUUUGCUAUCUCACUUACCUUUUUCCCAGUCAAAAGGCUGCUAGUGAACUUCGCGCCGGCAGGAAUAUUUUUGGGAUUUAACAUCCUAAGUUAUAGUACCAUGAUGUUUGCAAGUAGCUACGUGGAAGAAGAACAGCAGUUCUGGUACUGGGUAUCGAUGGGAUGGGUGGUUUACCUACAUCUUAAAUAUGCUGGUUACUUCCAUCGCAAGUCAAUCCAAAAAUCUGGUCCAGCGGAAGGAUACUGGCCAUUUGUACCCUCACUUCCCAGGUUUGGUGCAGCUACGUUAGCAGUGUCUUAUCGAGUUCUGCGAAGAUGGAAUCAGACAGGCCAAAAAUUUGCUGCUCAGCCGGACAUUACCGGGUCCUUUUUUCCUUCCCAUCAGCAUACUUUGUGGGCUUUGGUGAUUCUGACAUACGCUGAUACUUGUUUGCACCUUCUCUUCGACCUUCCUGCAUCAGUGCUUUGGCGUUUUAUUAGUUGUGUGGUGACGCUGGCAGCCUUUCUUUUCAAGUUAUCAUUGGCGGCAUCCGACUCUCCCGAACUUCUCGGUAACUCCUUCUUGCAGCCCGUGGCCAUGGUAGCUGAUGGAAUGCACCUGCUUUAUCAUGCAAGAAUGGUUCUUUGUGGAAUAUCUCUUCUCAUGAUAUACUCCAUGUAUGUUGGAAAAGCCCGGGGAUCGAUUCAUAAGGGCACUGGGCCAACAAGCACAAUCUUUCACGAGACUCUCACACUUUUCUUACUGAUGCAAUCGAGAGUGACGAACAUACCUGCUUUUCUAAUUUUUAGAUUACAAAUCACCAUCAUCGCAUCGAUGCGUUUAUCAACCGUGGAACAAACCAUAACCUCUCUGCUCAUGCAAUAUGUGACCUUUUACGCAUUUGGAGGCUCAAAUGCUAUCUCAUCAGUUGAUCUUUCAAAUGCAUAUAAUGGUGUCGGUGCCUACAAUGUUGUUAUCGUCGGUGCCUUGACAUUCAUCAGCAACUGGGCCGCCCCAAUAUGGUGGGUCUCAGCCAGUAGGCUGCUCCGUUCCCCGCAGAAUCGGGAAGAAAAGCAGGCGCAUAUAACCAUACUGACUUUUCAUUUGACAACAAUGUUAAUGUCAGUGAUGGCGGCGUGUACAAUUUUAAGGACACAUCUUUUUAUCUGGACGGUCUUCUCCCCGAAAUACCUUUACACUAUGGCAUGGGCGAUGAUCAACCACAUUGUGGUAAAUGUACUGGGAGAGAUCGAUUGGCGCUUAUUUAUAAAGAGAUGAGCUCUCUGCGUUAUUAUUCACAGAGAAUCAUAAUUGUCAAACAGCUAUGAAUCCGCUCGGUGCUUC